AUGGCAUCUCCUCUCCGAAUUGCCUGUGUUGGCUGUGGGCACGGUGCGCUGAAUGAGAUUUAUGAGCGUGUGGAGGUUCAAAGAGCCCAAAAGAACUGGGAAGCAGUUGACUGUGUUAUCAUUGGUGGUGACUUCCAGGUAGUACCUUCCACCCCAACUGUUGAUCUUUCGCUCAGAAACGCAAAUGAUGCAACGUGCAUCUCUGUUCCAUCCAAGUACAAAACCAUUGGAGACUUCCAUGAAUAUUAUUCUGGACAACGCGUGGCCCCUGUCUUGACCAUCUUCUGUGGCGGUAAUCACGAGGCUGGCAAUUAUUUGUUCGAGCUUUACUACGGUGGUUGGGUUGCUCCCAAUAUUUACUACCUCGGUGCUGCCAAUGUACUUCGCUUGGGUUCAUUCCGUAUUUCUGGAAUGUCAGGUAUCUGGAAAGGAUAUGACUACCGCAAGCAACACCACGAACGUCUCCCAUACAACCAUGAGGACAUUCAGAGCAUUUAUCACAUCCGGGAAAUGGAUGUCCGAAAGCUGCUUCAAGUCCGCACUCAAGUUGAUAUUGGCUUAUCCCACGAUUGGCCCCGUGGUAUCGAGAACCAUGGGAACUCUGCUCGUCUUUUCCAGAAGAAAAAGCACCUUCGUGAUGAUUCUGUUCACGGGCGCCUUGGCAGUCAGGCAGCUCGUGACGUGCUCAAUCGGCUUUGCCCCUCUUAUUGGUUCUCUGCACAUCUGCACACUCGUUUCGCUCUUACUAUGGGUCAUGAAGGCGUUUCUCUUCGAAAAGUUCCACGCUCUAUUGACGAGCCGGAGGAAUGGUGCUACGAAGCUGCGACACCCGCCAACCCCACCGCGCCUGUCGAACAAGUUGUUAAGCCUUCAGACGAGCAGAUAAUCCCGGACCCAAUGCUGGAACAAGAGCUGGAACAAGUUCCAAAAAACGAGGACGAGAUUGACCUCGAUUCUAGCAGUGAGUCCGGUUCAGGUUCACCACCUGCCAAGCGCCCCAUGGCCAUUAUCGUGGACAAGAGUGCAGAUGAAGCUAAGCCUAUAAUGGAGGGAAUCAUUCCAGAUGAGGCCAAGUCUGGAAUGGAAGGAAUUAUUCCUGAUGAAGCUAAGCCUGUAAUGGAAACAACUAUUCCUGAUGAUAUUCGCAGCAAACUUCCUGCUAGCUUGGCUCGCCCAGAACCGGCACCACAGCCCCCCAGGAAGGUCAUUCCAGAAGCCAUCCAGAACCGUGUCACCAAGUUCCUAGCUCUCGACAAGCCACACGGUCACGAUUCUUAUUUGGAGUUGGUAGAGGUGAAGCCAAUCUCUAUUCAAUCCGGUGAUGAACCCCAGCGCCCCCUCCGCCUCCAGUAUGAUAAGGAAUGGUUAGCAAUCACCCGUGUAUUCGCUCAAGAUCUCCAACUCGGCGAUCCUGCAGCCAAGGUCCCCCCUUUCGCAGGUGAAGCCGAGUACCUUCAAGCGAUUGCGGAAGCAGAGGAAUGGGUUGAAGAGAACGUCGUGCAGAAAGGACUAUUGGAAAUUCCAUUUAAUUUCACACAAGUUGCGCCAGUGUUUGAUCCAUCUAUUCCAAUCACGACUACUGAUGCACCGCCUGAAUAUCCCAACCAACAGACGGAAGAGUUCUGCACAUUAAUUGGAAUCACUAACAAGUUCGCUCUGUCUGAUGAAGAGAGUGCGGCGCGUUUGGCCGCUGGCGCUCGACCUAGCUCGCGUCCAAACUUCGACCCAUCGCACCAGCGUGGUGGCCGCGGACGUUAUGGACGCGGGAGGGGCGGUGGUCGUGGCAGGGGUCGAGGGGGCUGGUAA